GCAGGGGCAGGAAAGGAGGCGACGCCGCUGGCUGCCAGGCGCACCGACGCGUACCAUGCCUUCCUCCUCCUCCUCCGUCUACCCGGAACCCCGCGUCCUCACCGCAGCCGAACUCAUCGCCGGCAAUGAUGCCAAGGAAACGAGGGCCACGGGCGCCGAGGGCUUCGCUUCGCUCCUGCGCACCCAGGAGGAGGUCGACGCGCUCUGCGACAAGUACGGCGUGCCGAAGAAGUUCACCGCGCGCCCCGCCGGCGACCUGCGCGCGAACUCGACGCCGCCUCCGGGGGGCAUCUGCGUGUACGCGCGCGCGCUGGAGGCCGGGAUGCAAGUCCCGCUGCACGGCUUCUUCCGUGCGGUCCUCGCCCACUUCGGCAUCGCGCCGGCGCAGCUCACGCCCAACGGGUGGCGCUUCAUGGCGGGCUUCCUCGUGCUCUGCCAGUCCACCGGCGUCCCUCCCUCGCUCGCGGUAUUCCUGCGCUUCUUCCACCUGUUCAUCAUGGAUCAAAAGCACGAGAAAGGGUGGUACUUUUUCCGAUCCAGGCGGGACAUCGCAAGCUUGCCGAACGGGGGUUGCAAAACCACCCCGGGCUGGAGACACGAGUUCUUCUUCCUCUCGUCGCCGGAGCCGUGGCAUUGCGCCGUGGAGUGGGGCGAGCCGUCCAAUAGCUCCUUCAUCGACCCGGUGCUCACCGUUGAGGAAAACAAAUCGGUGGUGAAGCUGCUAAGUGCUCACGGUGGCACCGCUGCUGAUCUCAGGAACCUGCUCCCUGCUCGGCGCUGCCGUAUCUGCGCCGCUGUUGAUCUUAGGAACCUGCUCCCUGCUACGUGCCCACGGCGGCGGCGGAGUAACCUUGCUGCCGCAUCCCCGCCGCCUCGGCCUUCUUCGUGUACGGAUCCCUCCGUCCAUGACACAAGCGGGGAGGAGGCGGCCGCGCAAGCGUCGGCGUCGGCGAAGAAGAGGACUUGGGAGGAAGCCAACGGCGGGGAGGACGACGGACACACCACAGUCUGGGAUGGCGGACGGGAGCUGCUGCAGGAAACCGUCGCGCCGCCGUUGGAGCGCGCGUCCGCGGCGAGCGAACCUUCCGACGGCGCAGCGAUUCGGCGGGCUGCGAACUGCGUGCUCGAACUGGGGGAGAAGCUGGUGGCCAGGGAGCGCGACGCCGCGGCUCUGCGGGAGCAGCUGGAGGAGGCAAAGGCCGAGCUCGCGGCGGCGAAGUGUGCGGCGGACAGGGAUCUUGAGAAGGCAAAGUCCGAGCUCGCCGCGGCGGGAGCGGAGCUGGAGAAGACCAAUGCGGAGUUCGCGGCGGUGGAGGCGGAGGUGGUGAAGACGAAGGCCGAGCUCUCCGCGUCUCUUGUGGAGGCUGAGCUCGCCGCGGCAAAGCAAGCGGCGGAGGCCGUGAAGACGAAGGCGGAGCACGCUGCGGCUUGGGAGGAGGUGGUGAGGACGAAGUCCGAGCUCGCCGCCGCGGAGGCAGAGCUGGUGCAGGCCAAGGCCGAGCUCACCGCGGCGAAGCGCGCCGCGGAGACGGAGCUGGUGAAGACGAAGGCCAAGCUCGCCGCGGUGGAGGCGGAGCUGGAGAGCGCCAAGGCGGCGGCGGUGCAGCAGCUCCUGGCCUCCGAGGAGCAAGUGCGGCAGCGCGCGGAGGACGCGCUGGAGGGAUACAAGCGCUGGCGAGGUCAUCACGCUCCGGCUGGUCGUGCCGCCUGAGUACGUUGCCCGCUGAUCGUCCGGAAGUUCUCUAGAUGGCUAAAUGAAGAUCACGAACAAAUCUUUACCCUGAUCCACUCUAUGCGUUCUGUUUCUCUAUCUGGAGAUCGCCUACUUUUGUAGCUGAAGUUUUCUGAGAUACUACAACACUGUUCGCCCGUUGCUAGGUGAUUUUCUCGUUCCAAGCUUCACGUGACAAUUGACUAGGGAGGUUCGUUUGUUGGUGCAUGUAAUGUUCGUUAUUUGCGAUGUUAUAAGAUCGGAAAUGCUAAAUCCCGAAUGUUCGGAAUUUGA